UCUUCAUUUUUGAGUGAAAAAUCAACUAAUCUAUCUUUCAUACAACGAGCAAUUAUGAGACUUAUCAUACGAAAUGAUUAUGAUGAGGUGUCUGACUGGGUUGCGCAUUAUAUUAAGGAACGCAUAAACCAAUUUGCACCAACCAAAGAAAGACCUUUCGUCCUUGGUUUACCCACAGGAUCCUCACCCAUGAAUGUUUAUAAAAGACUUGCAGAAUUUGUUAGAGAGGGAAAGCUUUCUUUCGUUAAUGUAAUAACAUUCAAUAUGGAUGAAUAUGUUGGUCUGAAUCGGUCGCAUAAGCAGUCUUACUAUUCGUUCAUGUGGAAACAUUUAUUCCAAUAUAUUGAUAUCCCAGCAGAAAAUAUCAAUUUUCUAGAUGGUAAUGCUCCCGAUUUAGAGGCCGAAUGUAGACGUUACGAGGCUGAGAUCGCACGGGUAGGGGGCAUUGAGCUCUUUAUUGGAGGAAUUGGACCAGAUGGACAUAUUGCCUUCAACGAACCUGGCUCUUCGUUGACAUCCAGAACGAGAGUAAAGACUUUAGCUUAUGAAACUAUCAUUGCCAAUACACGGUUUUUUGAAGGAGAUAUUACUAAAGUGCCCAAACUAGCAUUGACUGUGGGAGUAGCCACCGUAAUGGAUGCCAGAGAAGUAUGCGUUAUCAUAACAGGAGCGCACAGAAGUAUUGCUUUGGCUAAAGCGGUUGAGGAAGGUAUCAACCAUAUGUGGACAGUAUCAGCUAUACAAAUGCAUCCGAAAGGAUUAAUAGUGUGUGAUGAAGACGCGACACUAGAGCUUCAUGUUAAGACUGUAAAAUACUUCAAGUCAAUUGAGCAUGUACAUGAAUUGUUGAUCGGAAAGGAAAAUUUAGGCUUGCAGGGAGAAUUGUUAUCGACAAAGAAGAUACAGCGCUCAGACAAGCUGCAGAGAGGAAUGCUGGCUCGAAAAUUGAUGAAGAAUGAGGAGUUGCUGUGCGAUUCAAGUAGCAAUAAAACAUCUAGAGAAGACGAUGACGAAGACGGUCUUUCAGUGUUUGAUUCGAUACACGCUGCUCGUAAAAGAAGAAGGAUAGCGGCUUUGGACUCUGUCGCCUAAGUCACUUUCUGUCCAGCUAACUCUCUUUAAUAUCUUAUACAACGAAUUAUGUAUUCGUCCAAGACUUGCAAUCUCAUUUACCUUAGUAUAUCCCUAUAUCCUCGUAAUCUCCGUGGCUCAGCCAUUCCAUCAUCAUUUAACAUCAUAUUCUGUAUUAAUAUAAACUGUCAAUGCUUUUUUUUUAUU